AUGGGAUGCCUCUACAUGGUCCUCAACAACAUGGAGAACUUUCUAAAGCACUACCAGCUGGGUCUUGACACUGAGAAGAGACAGCUGCCCAUGUUCUUGCCCUACAUGAGCCUCAAUCAGGAUGGCCUCACUUUUGCCAUCAAUCUCCACUCACAGAUCACCUCUGCCAGCACCUCAUGGUGUCCAACCUAG